AUAUUGAGCAGGCAGGCAGGCAGGCUGAGGCUCGGCUGUUGGCUGGUACUCAGAUAAGAAAACCCGUUGUUGUGGAAGAGAAGAAAGGCGAGGAAGGAAUUAGGGACAUUAAACGAGACACCGACGAGGUUUAAACCCCAGCUUUUGCGGGUAUUUUCCCUUCCAACUUAUUUUUUGUCCGUUUUUGUUUCGCCACCAUGGCCUGUGGAGCUACGUUAAAGCGGUCGAUGGAGUUCGAGGCCCUCCUCAGUCCUCAGUCUCCCAAGCGGAGAAGGUGCAAUCCUCUACCGGGGACUCCCGGCACUCCGUCGCCGCAAAGAUGCAACCUCCGUCCCCCGGUCGACAGCCCGUCGCAUUCCAUGUCUCCGACGGCCAUCGGCGGAGAACACAGGCUCACGCCAGAGCAGAUCUUCCAGAACCUCCGUCAGGAGUACAGCCGGAUCCAGAGGCGAAGGCAGCUGGAAGGGGCCUUCAACCAGACGGAGGCCUGCAGCUCCAGUGACGCCCCCAGCCCCAGUUCUUCCCUCAGUGCUCCCAGCUCCCCACCAGGUGCCUCAAGGAAGGACCAGCCCUCGUUUACGCUGAAGCAGGUCAGCUACCUGUGCGAGCGCCUGCUCAAAGACCACGAGGAGAAGAUCCGGGAGGAGUACGAACAGAUCCUUAACACAAAACUCGCAGAACAAUAUGAAUCUUUUGUGAAAUUCACACAAGACCAGAUCAUGCGAAGAUACGGAGCCCGGCCUGCUAGUUAUGUCUCCUGAGCUCGCAUCAGUGAGAUCUACCUUCCUCUCACAAGAUGGCUGCUCUUCUACUGCCUCCUUCCAAAUUGAUUUACAUUUUAUUUCCCUAACACACCCCCUCCCCUACCCCUCCUUUUAUCAAACUGUUUGGGUGCCAUCCACUUUAUAAUCCGAAAGUUGGUUUCCUAUUUCAAAACUAUUGCUGCUGGCCAAAAGUUAGAAUCUGAAGCUAUGUAUGAAGCCCGCUUUCUUUUUCUUUUUUUGCCCUUUUUUUUCUCGUCGAUAUGCUCUUUCCAGACAUCCUGACUUGAAGCGUGUCAAAUCUCUUGCCGACGCUGUCGAAAAACAAAAAAAAAAGCUUAUUGGCUCGCGAUCAUUCUAUAUAACCUUCCAGCAGCUGUAUUUAAUGGCUUCUGCUUCUCACCUCGUACAACUUUUCUUUCCCCUCCCUCCCCUGUCCCCCGACCUCUCCUCACAACUCUUUACCCAAGAAUGUGGAUUUUUCUCCCUUUUGAAAAAAAUAAAAGUUCUGUGACUAAAACCA